CACGUGUUUUUAUUCAGAAAAAAGACAAUUUAAUUUUUCUUAUACCCUUUUUUUUAUUUUUUCCCUUUAAUCUUUUUUUGAAAUGCAAUCUAUUAAAUGUGUUGUAGUUGGUGAUGGUGCUGUGGGUAAAACCUGUCUAUUGAUUUCUUAUACGACCAAUGCGUUUCCGGGAGAAUAUAUUCCAACAGUGUUCGAUAAUUACUCAGCCAAUGUCAUGGUGGAUGGUAAACCUAUUAAUUUAGGGUUAUGGGAUACAGCAGGACAAGAAGAUUAUGACCGUCUUCGUCCCCUUUCUUACCCUCAAACAGACGUCUUUUUGUGUUGUUUUUCACUCAUCAGUCCUCCUUCGUUUGAAAACGUUAAAACCAAGUGGUACCCCGAGAUCAGUCAUCACGCACCCAACAUACCCAUUAUCUUGGUCGGCACCAAACUUGAUUUACGUGAGGAUCGAGACACAAUAGAGAGAUUACGUGAAAAGCGAAUGGCACCUAUUUCUUAUGCUCAAGGCCUCGUCAUGGCCAAAGACAUUGGCUCGGUCAAAUACCUCGAGUGUUCGGCCCUUACUCAAAAGGGGCUCAAAAACGUCUUUGAUGAAGCCAUCAGAGCUGUGCUUUCUCCUCCAGUGAGAACCAAGAAGAAGAACAGCUGUCUCAUUCUUUAAACAUAUCUAUCCCCCCCCCCCCUCCCUCCCAUUACAGUGCGGCUGGUUAAUUUUUGUCCCUCCCAUUUCCCCCCCCCCCCUUUCCCUCCAUCAAAUAAAUAACAUGUCGCUUUUGGUUGUAUCUCUC